GGUGGUGGUAAGGCUGGUGGUGGUCUUACCGGCGGUCUUCCACUUGGCGGUUUGACAUCUACUGCUGGCGGUUUAUUAGACACAGCUACUGGUUUGGUAGGCACGGGGCUUGAUACUGCGGCAUCUCUGGCUACUGGUUUGGUAGGCACGGGGCUUGAUACUGCGGCAUCUCUGGUUGGUGGUGUUGCCGGCGGUCUUCCACUUGGCGGUUUGACAUCUACUGUUGGUGGUCUCACUGGCAGUCUUGGUGGUGUUACCGAAGGUCUUCCAGUUGGAGUUGUAUUAGACACGGUUGGUGGUGUUGCCGGCGGUCUUCCACUUGGCGGUAUGACAUCUUCGCUUGGCGGUAUGACAUCUUCGGGUGGUGUAGUACAUAUGGUUGAUGGUGUUCCUGUAAGUAUUCGUAAACUGAUCUGGUCUUUCAAGGGAGAAAAACAUUUGCUUUUUUAUUUCUCCACCACAAAAUAGACAACCUGCUUCUCUCAGUUCCCUUUCUCUGCUCUAAAUCUGUGUUACAUUUGAUGGUCCAUUUGGUUUACACCACUUCCUUAGUAGUUAUAAGUCUUGGUACCUCUUCCUGUCUGUAAACAAAUGCUUCUUCGAGUUUACACCCACCCUUUGUAAUUGUGGAGUGAAAAGGAGAUGUACAAAUUGGAUUCUUCCUCUAGUUAGUAUUUCUCUGUCACCAAUAGCCCAAGUUUCAUCCUUCUCCUUAAUUUUCCUUCUUCCAUCACUACCUUGCCUUCCCACUACAAAGUACUGUACU